AUGGACCCCAUCGGAAUCGCCGGCAUUCUCAUAGCCUUCGCCCAGGUAUCCUUCAGGAUCACCGUCUCCUGCUCCAAGUAUCAGAAGUUUGUAAAAGAUGCCCCCAGUGAAGUCUCACGCACGCGCGACGAGGCACGAUUCGCAAGCGACGUUCUCUUCCCUCAAAGCCAUGGGCGUGAAAGGGGGCCCUUUGGAAGGGUGUUUGCGGGAGCUCAAUACGCUGGAGGCUUUGCUGGCGCCCUCACCCUGCUGCCCGCAGACUCUCCAUCGACCACCAGAGCAUUGUGUCUUGGGUAUCUGACAUCCCCCAUACGAAAAAUUAUCGAGAUUGUCGAUCAGGUCAAGCGCCUGUCCGAGGUUCAAGACGGCGUGACUAGUCUCAUUGACCGUGCCAAGAUAAGGGCGAAAGGAUCAAGGGCCUUAACUAUGGAGAGCGUCGGAAAAGUCGGGGUGCGGAAAGACAGUGCUGAGUGCCACUCAUCUGAUGAUUUUGAGCCGGCAUCUGGAGCGACUCUAUACUACUUCGAGGACGUGAAGUUGAGUUCGGUUGCCAUCGACGAGAAGAAUGUGUUGCGUGAUAUGCAGAGGGUUUUGAACGCCCAGCUAGCAAGCCAGCGAAGGUUCUCUCAAUGGCCAGCGAGGCUGAAAAGGGAAGUAGACGCAGUCCUACUUUCCAAGGCAAACGGAUGCUUCCGCUGGCUGGUCUGUCAGCUACGAGAGCUCAAGCGCUGCGAGACACAGGGAGUCGUACGGGACACACUACGACAGCCCCCAGAGUCUCUGUAUGCACACUACAGCCGGGUGCUGCUCACCGUAAAUGAGAUUGCAACGGCCAUUACCAUCAACGCAGAUGCAAAGCGCAUAACGUUCAUCGACGAAGGCCUAGAGGUUCUUGACAUUGAAGAUUUUCUUGACUCCAGCUCAAGCCCCGUGUCCGUCCACGUCGGCCCCCAGAGGUUUCGAGAGCCAGGAGAAAGUGGCUCGAGUUCAUGGUCCCUGGCGAAUGAGGCUGUCGUCAACUCGAUCCUUGCGCAUUCUUGCCUGGCCUACUUUCUCCAGACAACAGAACACGCGACUGAUGAGUAUUGGGACGCGAAUCCUUUGGCAGGCUAUGCUGGCCGCUUCAUGAUGGUGCACCGGCAACUCUCGUCAGACACUUGGGACGAUGACGAAACGCAAGCAUUAUUGGCCGAUCUCUUCGACGAGGAAAAGCCAUAUUUCCAUACCUGGCUCAGGGUGACGGAGGUCGACAGACCAUGCGUCAAGAAAAUGGCGACGACGGAUGCUCAUGAGAUGACUCACAACGGCUACAUGGGCAUUGUGAAGAUCUUCCUCGCCACAAACGUCGACGUCAACGCCAUCGGUGGCAGAUACGCAACAGCGGUUGCCACUGCCGCGGCGCAGGACCAUGUCGAGAUCAUGCGUGAGCUUCUGACUGCUGGCGCGAACAUCACUCUUCAAGGGAGGUUUGAUUGGCUCAGUGGCGAUCGUCGUACCGAUCCGCUGUUUGUGGCAGCGUUGAAUGGUUCCGUCGAGGCUGUCAAAGUAGCGCUGGAACACGGCGCCGUGGACUAUUGGAGGCUGAAGCCGUACUCGGGCAGUGCACUCACAGCCGCCACACUCGCCUGGAAAGGAAACGCCCAUGGGUUCAUGCGUUUAGUCGAACUUGGGGCGGAUAGCGCGGCGCCAAUGCCAAUGCCACGCCCCCAGAGCCUCCAGAGGGCAAAGGCAAGGUUUACUGGAAAGGAAAGGCGCAAGCUUUGGUGGCCGCCGCGAGUAAUAUGUGAGGCACCCCUCGCCAUGGCGGCCGAGUCCGGCAACCCGGAUCUUUGCUCAUAUCUAAUCAAGUGCGGAGCAGUUUUAACGACAGUAACUUCGAUCAAGGUGUCUACGCCUCUGCUAUAUACUACUGAAAAAGAUACGUCCGAGCUGGUGCAUACGCUCCUGCUUGGUGGCGCGGACUCCCAUCAACGAGGAACUUUGCCUGAUCGCCAGACACCGUCGACACAGUUACUCCUCGCGACUGAGAAACGGAGGGCCGCUGACUUCCACCGACUUAUUGCUGCCGGAGCAAGGGUCAAUGAUCAAGACGACGAAGGGUUCAGUCCCUUACACAUGGCCGCGGCAUCGAGGUGGCACAAUGAACACGACACAAUUGUCGACGAGGCAUCGAAAGGCGAUACAGACCUGCUCCGGUCGCUCAUUCAAAAGGACAACUGCGACGUCAACAGCCCGAAUCCCUUCAACGGCAGCAGACCCAUCCAUUCAGCUGCCUCCGGAGGCACCGGAGACCAUGUUCGGAUCCUUCUCGAUGCCGGGGCAGACGUGAACGCACGGAACAACAGCGGCAGGACGCCGCUGCACUGGGCUGCGGAGCGCGGCAGUUGA